AUGGAAAGUUUGAAUGAACGCACACGAUCUGAGAUUGUUGAUUUGGCAAAUAAUAAUGUUGAGAAUCUGGCAGAGGUUAUGAGCCAUAAAGAUUCAAGUGCCACCUGUUUUGCCAGGGAUCAUUAUUACAGUUGCUAUCAUGACCAUUAUAGUGGUGGUUGUUUAGGCAAUAAGUCGGACCAAGCAAAUGACGUGAAUGGCAUUUUAAACGUCUCUGUGGAGGACAAGAUUGCAGGAGUGAAGAACAAGAUCGCCAUCAUUAAUGACAAGGGAUCUCUCAGCAAAGAAGAUAUUUAUAGAAUGUUGUGCGAUAAGGAACAAUACAAGGUGGAGGAUGAGGAGAUUAUGAGAAAGGUAUCCAAGUCAAGGUGCAAUCUGUGUGCAAAGACCCACGACAGGAUGAACAGGGAGGAUAAUGUUGAUAGUGUGGAAGGUAUUGUAGUUGACCGUAAUGUUGAUGAAUUAAAUUUGGUUAGCAAUAAUGUUGGAUAUUUGAGAGCAGUUUUGGGUACAAGAGAUCAAGAUAAUUCUUUAACCACAGUGUUGUUGAUGUUAGAAUUGAUUCCAAAUCUCCCAAGGGAAGCUGAACAGAUUCGACAAUGCAAAGGGAAAGUUUUUGCUUUGCAUGAUGAGCCCGAGGUAGCAUGUGUUUGGCUUCCUAAUCAUGACUCCCCUGGGCUAGCUAUGGCUAGAGUUUUUGGUGACUUCAGUCUUAGGGACUUUGGUCUCAUUACUAAACUAGAUAUUUCUUACCAUUGCCUCACUAAGAAAGAUAAGUUUGUUCGUUUCCUGGAAUUGUGUGUCAUCCUCUCGGAUGGGCCUGUUAUGGCUGGAUAUGAUUUCAUCAAUACAAUUGUAGGAUGCUAUGCACAUAAUGGCCAUGGAGAGGAAGGUGUCAAAUUAUGGAAUCAAAUAUAG